CAUGGUGCGGUCGUGUCAUCGCGUGGCUCGCCUCCCCUUCCCACGGGCACGACGAGGAUCCAGCCCGUCCCUUUCGUAACAGACGCCCCAGAUCCCGCCAAGCUGUCCCUCCCAAGCGUACGAUCCCAUCGCCAUCCACCACUGGUCGGUCCACUCCACCGCCCGUCCCCCGUGCCGUUCCGUGCGUCGCAUGACUGUCGCCGCACUCCGCUUGCCGCCGCCCGCCGCAGCUCCCUCCGGCCGCGCGCGCCUCGUGGGGGCCGCCGCGCACCGCUGCUCCCCCAGGUGAGGUGAGGUGAGGUGAGGUCAGUGGUGGAUUGAGAAGGGAGGCUAUCGGAUUCGGUUGCUUCUCUUCUCCUCUUCCUGGAGGCGUUUGGGUGGUGGUGCUCCCAGCUGCUGCUGACGCGGAGCGGCCGGACGAGGACGACGGCGGCGGCGGCGUACCCGAAGAUGGCGCGGCCGCCGAUCCUAUCCGUCGCGCUGCCGUCUGACACCGGCCGUGUGCUCAGCAUCCAGUCCCACACCGUCCAGGGGUAUGUUGGCAACAAAUCGGCCGUCUUUCCCCUGCAGCUCCUUGGCUUUGAUGUGGAUCCAAUAAACUCUGUACAGUUUUCUAAUCAUACAGGAUACCCAACAUUUAGAGGUCAGGUUCUUAAUGGCAAACAGCUCUGGGACCUUAUUGAAGGACUGGAGGAAAAUCAGUUGCUUCAUUAUACCCAUUUAUUAACAGGUUAUAUAGGCUCAGUUUCCUUUUUAGAUACUGUGCUACAAGUUGUUGAGAAAUUGCGAUCAGUUAAUCCUGAUCUUGUAUAUGUUUGUGACCCAGUUCUAGGUGAUGAAGGAAAACUAUAUGUUCCUCAGGAGCUAAUAUCUGUUUAUCAACAGAAGGUUGUUCCAGUUGCUUCAAUGCUUACACCUAACCAAUUUGAAGUUGAACUACUUACUGGAUUGAGGAUCACCUCCGAAGAAGAUGGUUUGACAGCUUGUAAUACCCUCCACAGUGCCGGACCACAGAAGGUGGUUAUAACUAGUGCUCUUAUUGAAGGUAAGCUGCUCCUUAUCGGAAGUCACAAAAAAACAGAGGAACAACAGCCAGAACAAUUUAAGAUUGAGAUACCAAAGAUACCUGCAUAUUUCACGGGAACUGGAGAUUUGACAACUGCUCUCCUACUAGGAUGGAGUAAUAAAUAUCCUGAUAGCCUCGAGAAAGCAGCAGAACUGGCAGUUUCCAGUUUGCAGGCACUUCUGAAAAGAACUGUGGAAGACUAUAAAAUGGCCGGCUUCGACCCAUCGACCAGCAGCUUAGAGAUCCGGUUGAUCCAAAGCCAGGACGAGAUCCGAAACCCAACUGUUACAUGCAAGGCUGUGAAGUAUGGAAGCUGAAUCCAUAGUACCCCCACUGACAAAGGUGCCAACAAUAAUGAGCAGUGCCUGCACCGCCGAUAAGCGGGUGCACCUACUUCCAUGACUCUUGGUCCUCAGUUUUGGGAUGCUGAUUCUGUUACACCUUAGCUCCAAAAUGAGAAACAAUCAUAUUUCUGAAAAAAGGGUUAUAGACUUAUAGGGUUAUAUUCAGGCUGUGCGAUUGCUGCAGUCUUUGGGAAUGCGUGGUGGCCUGAGUGAGAUUGUAAAUGGUCCUUAUCAUUGUUGUCUUCCUCGUUGUGUUGUUGUUGUUGCUGCUCCCGCUGAGUUGUGGUGGUUGGUUGGAAACUCUAGGUAUGCUUUGUUUGAGGCACAUUACGAACAUAUGGUGUUGAGAUGUGCUCAUAAUGCUUAUUAUGAUAAGUGAUUAUUGAAAAGAUAGUUAUAAUUUAAUAUUGACCUUA